AUGAAUAACCUAUCUACCACUGGCGGCUGGCUUUCGAAGAGAGGUCUCUUAGGCAUUUGGAGCCAACGUUAUUGCAAGUUAAUUGGCACUCAGUUAGUCAUUUCAAAAUCCGAGAAAAUCAACAAUUCUGAACAAACAAUUGAAAUUAAUCCGAAUGCAAAGAUUCAGAUAGUCUCAGAUCAGAAGAAACCACGCUUCUUCCUCGAAGAUACAAACGGUGAGACAGCUCUUCUUGAAGCAAAGUCAACACAAGAAAUGAUGCAAUGGGUAUUACUCUUAAGAGGCGCUACAUUCUGGAAUCCGGACUUGAAUAUGGACUAUUUCGAAGUAAUUAGUGUCAUCGGUCAAGGUUAUUACGGAAAAGUACGUUUAGUCAAGUCAAAAGCCGAUGGUGAAUUAUUUGCUAUCAAAUCAAUUAGAAAAUCAAAGCUCAUUGAACAAAAAGAAAUUAAAACCGUUCUAAAUGAAAGAAAUAUCAUGAUCAAGGCUGAUCAUCCUUUCAUUGUUCAAUUGAAAUUUGCUUUUCAGUCAUCUUCCAAAUUCUAUUUGGGAUUAGAGUAUGUACCAGGAGGUGAGUUAUUCGCCCACAUUAAACGUGAUGGUUUCCUUCACGAAGAGGAAUAUAAGCUCGUUCUCGCCCAAGUUGCCCUCGUUUUGAACCAUCUCCAUAGCAUCGGAGUCAUCUAUCGAGACAUGAAGCCCGAAAACAUCAUGAUCGGCCAGGAUGGCUAUAUCAAGUUAACCGACUUUGGCCUUGCAAAGGAUAUCACUGUUGAAGACACAACUUCAACAUUUUGUGGAACACCAGAUUACAUCGCUCCAGAGGUUGUUCGUGGCUUAAACUACGAUAAAAGCGUAGAUUGGUGGGCUCUUGGCAUUUUGGCCUUCGAACUUAUGUACCACAGAACACCAUUCCAUAGCCAGAACAGAGAUAAGACAUAUCGUAAGAUUGUCAACGAUUCUCCAAAGUUCCCAGAAUAUGCUUCCGAAGUUGAGAAGUCUUUCAUCAUGGGACUCUUAAACAAGGAGCCAAAACAAAGAUUUGGCUUCAAGGAAGUCAAAGAACACCAAUUCUUUGGAAAUAUUAACUUUGAUGAUGUUUUGGCCAAAAAGAUCCAGCCAUAUUAUGUACCUCAGAUCGAAGACCCAACAAAUGUUAAAUACUUCGAUGCAGAAUUUACAAACGAAACAAAGGCAGAUUCCUUUGUUGCUCCAAUCAUAGGAGAUGAAGCUGUUGUUCCUGGCUUCUCAUAUGUAGAGUGCGAUUCUAUUCUUGCUCCUUCAGUUAUGUAA